GGCGAGCGCGCACAGAGCUGGGGAGGAGAAGGCGGAGAGGGGCGCGACGACGGACGCCUUUCCCCCAUCUCGGCUGGCGGCGGCGGCGGGGCGCGGAGGACCCGAGGGAGCCGCUGCCGCGCACUCAGCUCGCGAAAGCGGGACAGCCCCGGCGGAACCGCCACCGCAGAUCCCUCCAUUGACAACCUCGCACCACCUGAGAUGUGCCAGAACUGAGUUCCGGCCCUGAGUUUGCUCCACCUGCCUGCCCCUCUGCUCUGGGACAGCUGGGCACAGGGCAGCCCAGAGGUUCAGCCCGAUAAGAGACAUGCCCUUGGAAGAGGAGGAGCCCAGUUGGAAGAAACGAGCGGAAGAUAUCCGGGAGAUCUAUGAAUUCCGGGAGGUGCUGGGCACAGGUGCCUUCUCUGAGGUGGUCCUGGCCGAAGAGAAGUCGACUCAGAAGCUGGUAGCCAUCAAGUGCAUCGCAAAGAAGGUGUUGGAAGGGAAGGAGAGCAGCAUCGAGAAUGAGAUAGCUGUGCUACACAAAAUCAAGCACCCCAAUAUUGUGGCUCUGGAUGACAUCUAUGAGAGCGGAGGACAUCUCUACCUCAUCAUGCAGCUGGUCUCAGGCGGGGAACUCUUUGACAGGAUUGUGGAGAAGGGGUUUUACACGGAGCGAGAUGCCAGCCAGCUCAUCCGGCAGAUCCUUGACGCUGUCAAAUACCUGCAUGACAUGGGCAUCGUACACCGCGACCUCAAGCCCGAGAACCUGCUGUAUUACAGUUUGGAUGAAGAUUCCAAGAUCAUGAUUAGCGACUUUGGGCUGUCGAAGAUAGAAGGAUCAGGAAGUGUCAUGUCUACGGCAUGUGGGACUCCAGGUUAUGUGGCUCCUGAGGUGUUGGCACAGAAGCCUUACAGCAAAGCGGUGGAUUGCUGGUCUAUUGGAGUCAUCGCUUACAUCUUACUGUGUGGCUAUCCCCCCUUCUACGAUGAGAACGACACGAAGCUCUUUGAGCAGAUCCUGAAGGCCGAAUAUGAAUUUGACUCCCCCUACUGGGACGACAUAUCAGAAUCAGCCAAAGAUUUCAUCCAGCAUUUAAUGGAGAGAGACCCUAAGAAACGCUUCACCUGUGAGCAGGCACUACAACACCCGUGGAUUGCUGGAGACACCGCACUAGAUAAGAACAUCCACCAGUCAGUCAGUGAGCAGAUCAAAAAGAAUUUUGCCAAGAGCAAGUGGAAGCAAGCCUUCAACGCAACUGCUGUGGUCAGGCAUAUGAGGAAGCUACAGCUUGGGACCAGCCAAGAUGGACCUGGUCAAGCCAUGCAGGAGAGCAAUGGCUCAGCUUCCAGUAGCAGCGAGGAAUCCUUGGGGAAUGGUUCUCACCGUCAGAUGCGGGACUGAACGUUCCCCAGUGGACAGAGGACACAGAUGGCGGUGCCAGGAUCAACCCACUGUGGGGCGGGUGGCCAAAGCCCCACUCUGCUGUGCUACCACAAGUGGAGCCAGGGAAGGGUUUGGGACUGCCCCACACCCCUCCCAAUUAAGUGUGGCUGAGCCCCACCGCAGGGAAAGCUUCCCUUGCUAAGCCACGCCCUCCUGAACCUGGACAUGGGGCCUGAUCGUUCAUAAGCCACACACUUCCCUGGAGAUGCUUCUUCUUCUUCUUCUUUUUCUUCUCUCUCUAAUACAGAGCAGCCAAAUGCUGGCCGCAGCCAGCCAGCUCUGUCUGUGCCCUAUGCUGACCCCCUACCCGAGCUGACAAUGUCGUCCUCCUCCUUGCCCAAUCGUGUGGUGUUGUCUAGGAAAGACCACACAAUGGCCUGCUCAGGCCCUUUGCAGCAGCUGUGGAGCUUGAGGAUGCCUCACCCCCCUAUAAAAACCCUAACGCAAGUCCUCCACUCAAAUCAUAUCACCUCCAGCCAACAAGCAGGUUCACAAAGAGCGAGCCUUCUAACUCUAGAUCACCCUAAUCAUGUCACGAAGGAAAACAAAAGCUGCUUGUGGACCCUUCACAAUUUGAUCUUGAGGCGCGCCUCCCAAUAAGUGCAUUUCCGCUAUCGAGAAACGUGAAGCUAGAUUGAAAGGCUGUUUCAAUCUUCUGGUGUCAUUUGGCUGUCUGUGGGCAAGGACACGUUAUUUUUUAAGAGUGGUGGUUUGAUAGAACCACAGCUACCCUUGACACAGAUGUACGUUUUAAAUAUAUA